AUGGCCUCUGCCCAAGAUGCCAGGUAUGGCCAGAAAGACUCCUCUGAUCAGAACUUUGACUACAUGUUCAAGCUGCUUAUCAUUGGCAAUAGCAGUGUGGGGAAGACAUCUUUUCUCUUCCGUUACGCAGAUGACUCCUUUACAUCUGCGUUCGUCAGCACAGUUGGGAUCGAUUUCAAAGUCAAAACUGUAUUCAAAAAUGAAAAGAGAAUUAAGCUCCAGAUUUGGGACACAGCAGGCCAGGAAAGAUACAGGACUAUCACCACAGCCUAUUAUCGUGGGGCCAUGGGCUUUAUUUUAAUGUAUGACAUCACAAAUGAAGAAUCCUUCAAUGCAGUACAGGACUGGUCAACUCAAAUCAAAACAUAUUCAUGGGAUAAUGCCCAGGUUAUCCUGGUUGGGAACAAAUGUGACAUGGAAGAUGAGCGAGUCAUCUCAACCGAGAGGGGCCAACAUUUAGGAGAACAGCUUGGAUUUGAAUUUUUUGAAACAAGUGCCAAGGAUAACAUUAAUGUCAAGCAGACAUUUGAGCGUCUCGUGGAUAUCAUCUGUGACAAGAUGUCUGAGAGCCUGGAGACAGAUCCAGCCAUCACUGCCGCAAAGCAGAACACAAGACUCAAGGAAACCCCUCCUCCACCGCAGCCCAACUGUGGCUGCUAG